AAAAAAACCUUGAGAAAUAACCUCGAUCAGUGGCGAAUUCCUGAGAAAAGAGUGGCUGUUAUGUGCCGUUAUUUUGAAAUACCAUGCAUUUGUACUGAUAUACAACUAGCGAUCUGCCAAGAGUGCAAAGUUGAGAGAAGGGAGACAUGGUAGAGGCGGCUACCUUUCUACCGGUAAUUAUUGUUGUCGCGUUAUUAAUUUUUUGCCGUGAUAUGUUAUCGAAGAUGAUGAAAGAUCAGCAAAGUAUAACCAGAACUAAAAGAAACACCGAAGAAUCAGCAGCCAACAACAAAAAGUCAUUUUCGACCAGCAGCGAGUCUAGAAAUAUCGAAAAACGAAUGAAACCUAACCUGAAACCGAGCAACGGGCCAGCACAUGGUACCCCAACAACAAAUUGGGAAAAAUUUAAAGAUCUCAUAAAAGACUCGGGAUCCGAUGAAAAAAAGAUUAGGACCAAUAAUGCUCAUACAAAAACUUUUCCGAGGCAGAGGAGGAACUACAGUCAUGUAGAAUGUACUGCAUCCACACCUGCCUCGACCUUUUCCCCCACCGCUAAAUCCAAGGUAAAUAUCGCAAAGAACAAGACAAUGAAUCAAUUGACAAAACAAGUAGCAAUAGACUGUGAGAUGGUUGGGAUUGGAAACGGAACUGAGAACAUGUUGGCACGGGUCUCGCUAGUUAAUAGGUACGGAGUAUGUGUUUACGACAAAUAUGUCAAGCCGCGAGAAAAGGUUCAAGAUUACCGAACACCAGUGAGUGGAAUUCGUCCUGAUGAUCUUUACAACGGGGAAAACUUUGAGACGGUCCAAAGAGAAGUGGCUGAAAUAUUGCAAGGAAGGUUACUCAUUGGCCACGCCCUCAAGCACGAUACCGAUGUCUUGUUUUUAUCCCAUCCCAAGAGAAUGAUCAGAGAUACAUCAAGAUAUAAGCAGUUUAGAAAAGUUUCAAUGGGGAAUACACCGAGUCUAAAAAGACUAGCUGCAGAAUUGCUCGGUAUUGAUAUACAAAGCGGCGAGCAUAGUUCCGUAGAAGAUGCUAGAACUGCGAUGCAGUUAUAUAUGUUAUAUAAAAAUCAGUGGGAAACUGAUAUCAGAACUAAGCGGUGAAAAAUUUUGUAUAUUUUCUUUUACUUGCGAAUUGCAGGUUACGUUUUAUUCAUGUCGGGCAUUUAAGGUAUGGCAAACAUUUUUUUUAAGAACGUACAACUGUUGUUAUUGUAUAUGAAAUAUUGACGAGCUCGAAAUUAAUAAUUUAAUUUCAAUGUUGAAUGAAAAGACUGUUGUAACAUACAUAAAAUUUAAUAUUGCGGGGUUAGUCACCAGUAACUUUCCUCACAUUUUAGUACCAUAGUUAAGUGGUAAUCUUCAACGAUUAGCUCCAUGUAUGGGGGGCGAAUUACAUUCUACUUUUGCAACAAGGUCAAUAACGAUUUGCAAUAAUAGCAAUCGAUUUUACAAAUGUGCUAAGUAAUUUACUUACUCAGUUACCUACAGUUUUGUUCUUGUCUAUUACCGAUAAGUCAACUGUAAAGUGAAUCAUAUAACUGUUUUUUGAUGAGAUGGCUUAAUCUAAUUAGUUGAAAAGAAUUCGUAACCCCCUUAGAUAUCCAAUAAAAUAUUCACACCUGCAAUAAAAUGCUAACAGCUUUUCUGAAUUUCUCUCUACUGGGUGCUGUCUUGUCCAUCACAGACUAAUUCCGUAAAUACAAAUAGGACCUUGAUUUGUUUAACCACCAACUAUGCAACUAUUGUUUCUGUGAAUUCGUUUAGAACUAGUUGAGUUGAGAUAAAAGAAGAAUUUCGAAAGAAAACCAUAGUAAAAUGAUUACUGCCUUGAUAUAUGAGUAUUAGAUUAUGUAUAUUAACAAGAAGUAAAUUAUUUCAUGUUGAGAUGACGCAUAUUUUCUACGACUAAUCAAUUAUUUCUGUAAUUAUGAAAAAUAAAGUAUUUUGUUUAUAAAA